GUGUGGAGGGUGCUGCUGGAAAGUGGGAAUGGAGUUACUGAGGACUAUUACUUACCAACAAAACUCUAAGAUGUGCGAACAGCCCCUUGGCAAGUCCGCCGAACACCGUGUCAACAAAAGACAGGGAGAGUUAACAUACUCCAACACAGAAAUGUCCCGGAUUAUAACCGACCCCGCAACUGGCAAAUGUUACUGCAGAGGAAAAGUGUUAGGAAAGGGAGGUUUUGCGAAAUGCUAUGAGAUGACUGACCUGACUACUAACCGUGUUUAUGCUGCAAAGAUCAUCCCGCACUCGAGAGUGGCCAAACCCCAUCAGAGAGAAAAGAUCGAUCGAGAAAUUGAACUGCACCAAACGCUUCACCACAAACACAUUGUUCACUUUUACCAUCACUUUGAAGAUAAUGAAAACAUUUAUAUCCUGUUGGAGCACUGCAGCAGAAGAUCAAUGGCUCACAUACUGAAAGCUAGGAAGGUGCUGACAGAGCCAGAAGUACGGUACUACCUCCGGCAGAUAGUAUCAGGACUGAAGUGUCUACAUGAGCAAGAAAUCCUACAUAGAGACCUCAAAUUAGGAAACUUCUUUAUCAAUGAGUCCAUGGAACUGAAAAUAGGAGAUUUUGGAUUAGCGGCAAAACUGGAACCAGUGGAGCAAAGGAGCAGGACUAUCUGUGGCACACCAAACUACUUGUCUCCUGAAGUUCUCAACAAACAAGGGCAUGGCUGUGAAUCUGAUAUCUGGGCAUUAGGUUGUGUAAUGUAUACAAUGCUACUGGGGCGACCCCCUUUUGAGACAACCAACCUGAAAGAAACUUACAAAUGUAUAAGAGAAGCGAGAUAUACAAUGCCAUCUUCACUGUCGUUACCUGCCAAACAAUUGAUAGCCAGCAUGCUUGCAAGAAAUCCAGAGGAUCGGCCAAGUUUAGAUGAUAUCAUGCGUUAUGACUUCUUCACUCAGGGAUUUAUACCCGAGAGACUGUCGCAGACCUGCUGUCACUAUGCACCAGAUUUUCAUUUGUCCAGCCCUGCCAAGAGCUUCUUCAAAAAGGCAGCUGCAGCACUAUUUGGUGGGAAGAAGGAAAAGGCCAAGUUUUUGGAUAGUCACAACAAACUAGCAAAAGAUGAUGUUGAUGAAAUAUACAAGCUGAAGAAUGAUUUGAAGAAAAUGUCACUAAGUAACCAGUUGAGCAACAAAAGUCGAUCAGAUGAGGAGUCAAGGUUGUUGAGCAAGUCACCAAUUGUCUAUGUCAAACCAGACACCCCCUUACCAGCAAAGGACAAUGAACAAAACAUCAGAGAUUCGAUUAGGAUGAUAGUGAGAGGAACUUUGGGAAGCUGCAGCAGUAGUAGUGAAUCUCUUGAAGACAGUACCAUGGGAACUGUUGCUGACACAGUUGCAAGAGUACUAAAAGGCUGCCUUGAAAAUAUGCCAGAAGGUGAUUGUCUGCCAAAACGGCAAUUGAGUUUUUCCUUCCAGUGGGUCACCAAAUGGGUGGAUUAUUCCAAUAAGUACGGGUUUGGGUAUCAGCUGUCAGAUCACACAGUUGGAGUCCUCUUCAAUAAUGGAACUCAUAUGAGCCUAUUGGCAGACAAAAAAACUAUUCAGUACUAUGCAGAGUUGGGCCAAUGUUCCAUCUUUUCAACACUUGAUGUGCCUGAGAAACUAAUUAGUCAAGUGACAAUUCUGAAGUACUUUGCACACUACAUGGAAGAAAAUCUAAUGGAGGGUGGUGAUCUGCCCAGUUCAACAGAUGCCCAGAAACCCAAACUCUGUCUCCUUCAAUGGUUAAAAUCUGAUCGUGCUCUGAUGAUGCUGUUUAGUGAUGGCACAUUCCAGGUGAACUUUUAUCACGAUCAUACAAAAAUAAUUAUUUGCAACCACAAUGAGGAAUACCUCCUUACGUAUAUCAAUGAAGAUAGAGUUUCUUCUACAUUCAAGCUCUCCACAUUGCUGAUGUCUGGGUGUUCACAAGAACUUCGUACCAGAAUGGAAUAUGCAUUGAAUAUGGUGCAACAAAGAUUUAAUUAAAAAUUGGAAUGCAAAACUUUUUUUGCCUUGGCUUUGUUCAGUUUGGAACUGACCCAAGGUAACAAUCUGUCAGGCGGUACGAGGAAGUUGUAUUUUGUUUGGUGUGCUGGGCCGGUACCAGACAGAUGCAUUUUACAAUCCUGCUUUAUUGGACUGAUUUUUAAAGGGACAAGUACUUGAAAUGUGGCAGCUGCCUGAGGAAUGUCAGUAUUUUCACUGCAAGGAGAAAUUAUUUUAUUCCUGCAAAAAAGCAGGAUGUGUCGUGGCUCCCAAAAGCAAGAGGAAAGUAUGCAGCAGGUGAAAGUUGAAAGUAUUAAGAAUACCUGGACUUUGCAAGUUGUAAGGACACUUUUUUAAAAUGCAGCUCAUGCUGCUGAUUUAAACUGACUUCAGUUCUUUGAACAGAGAACUGAAAAUUCAAACACAUUUGCACCACAUUUUGUGGCUGGACAUUUUCAUUCCUUAAUUUAUUAUGCACUGAGUAUUUAUUAUUUAUUGAACAUCCUGCUCAAUGACACUGAAAUGCUGAGCAAAUCACAUGUUUAAAUAUUAAUAAAGAUUCUUGAAUUCAUUGUACAAA